AUGAAGACGCAGAACAUUUCCGAGGAUUCAACAACGGAUCCUAAUAACAAGUCUCCACCUUCUUCCCCUGAACACCCUCCCUCUGAUGAAACUCAUCACACACUCAACCAAACCAAUGACCAGGGCUCUGAAGAGGAAGGGGAAAGAGAAACCCUAAUGAAGACCCCUUGGGAAGUGUUGGAGGAACUUGGUGAUGGUGGUGGUAGUGGUAAAGUUGGUGGUUCAAGGCAAAGUGGGGUUUCUGUGGCUGGGAAUGGUGGUGGUGGUGCAAGGAUGGUGGAGAGUGGUGAAGUUGGCAGUGAAGGAAUACUUGUGAGAAAAAGAAAGGCUUCGGAAUUGAGAGAAAUUCCCAGUGGGAAACCCAUUUGCCCUCUCUGUCUAAAAGAGUUUUUGACUUGGAAGGGCGCGUUUGGUCACAUGCGUAAACACCCUGAACGUGCAUAUCGCGGUUUCUUCAAGCCUCCUGUUUUUGGCUCCACUUCCACAUCCGUAGAACAUUCACUUCAAGAUCACACAGGUGAGAGUGCUGAGGGAAAGAGCGGCGAGAAAGGGUCAGCACCACUAUCACCUAUUCCAGAGCAUGAGUUUGAUCUGAACCAACCAAUGGAGUCCUUUCACAAUGUUGACCCUACUGAAGAAGAAAAGGUUGAGGAGGAGAGAAGGAAAUUAAGAUUUGACUUGAAUGAGAUGCCUUCGACUGAAGAUGAUGAUGAAUGA